CCACGCGUUUCUUUCAGCAACUUCUUUCCUUCUUCCCUGUCCAUAUUCAAUCCAAUCCUCUCACUUGGCUAUAUUUAAUUAUCCUCUAUUUCGAAAAAACAAAAAAUUAUCCUCAACAACCUGCUGAUUAUCUGAUUCCUCCUAUCGGGUCUAGUAGUUCCGUAGUCCAAGUGUUAAUUUGGUAAGAAAGAUCAUCGAUUUCCGAUGGUGAGGGUGAGCAACAACCUGCUGGGAAUUCUCAACAUACUCACAUUCUUAAUCUCAAUCCCGAUCAUCGGCGGCGGGAUAUGGCUGUCCAGGCAGGCCAACACGGAGUGCGAGCGUUUCCUGGACAAACCUGUGAUAGCCCUAGGGGUUUUCAUCAUGCUGCUCUCAAUCGCAGGCCUCGUCGGCGCGUGUUGCCGAGUCACCUGGCUCUUGUGGAUAUACCUCUUCGUCAUGUUCCUCCUCAUCCUCCUCCUCUUCUGCUUCACUAUCUUUGCCUUUGUGGUCACCAACAAGGGCGCCGGCGAGGCCAUCUCCGGGAAAGGCUACAAGGAGUAUAGGCUUGGCGACUACUCCAAUUGGCUUCAGAAGAGAGUCAAUGGAAACUGGCGGAGGAUUCGGAGCUGCAUCCAGGACAGUAAAGUCUGCAAGAGUUUGAUUGAUCAAGGAUCUGAAACUCCGGUUCAAAGUUUCUACAAUCAACAUCUCUCUGCCCUUCAGUCUGGUUGCUGCAAGCCGUCGGAUGACUGUAAAUUCUCGUACGUGAGCCCGACCAACUGGACUAGUACUUCAACCUCAUCGUCUACCAAUUCGGACUGUAGUCGUUGGAGCAAUGAGCCCAACAUACUGUGCUACAACUGUGAGUCCUGCAAAGCUGGCCUUAUCGACAACGUUAAGAGUGACUGGAAGAAGGUAGCCAUAAUCAACAUCAUUUUCAUCGUCUUCCUCAUCAUCGUAUACACUGUUGGAUGCUGCGCCUUUAGAAACAACAGGGCCGAUAAUUCUUGGAAGCGCUACCCCUGACCCCGCCCAUAAUACUUGCCUACACUUUGCUGUACAGCUUCACUUUUGACUAUAUAUAGAUAUUGGAUUAUUAAUGCAUGCAUUUAGUGUGUAGGUGAAUUUUCGCAUUAUAUUAUCUUCUUAUUUUGUAUAAUAAGAGAAUAAGGGAUUAUUUGAUAUAUAUAUAUGAUUUCUCUUUCGAGGACUUGUUA